UUUCCUCUGGCGGCGCCGGCGGUCCCAGCACUUCCGGGUCGGCGCGGAGGCGGGGCGGAGGUGCCGCGGCGGCGGCUAUUGUUCGGUUGGGCUUGGCAAGGCGCUGUCUUCCCUCGGGCUCCUCCGGUGUCAGUUUGUCCAGCUUUUUCUCGGCUACUAACUCCCGGCAGCUGACGGCGGCGGCAGCGGGUGGGGCUUGGCGUUUCGACCGUGAGCGGCGCCGGGGUGAAGGGUGCGGAGGAGGAGCAGGAGGAGGAGCCGUGUGCCCUGGCACUGAGCGGCCGCGGCCAUGGCGUACGCCUAUCUCUUCAAGUACAUCAUCAUCGGCGACACAGGUGUAGAGUUCGGUGCGCGAAUGAUAACAAUUGAUGGAAAACAGAUAAAACUUCAGAUAUGGGAUACGGCAGGGCAAGAGUCGUUUCGCUCCAUCACAAGGUCAUAUUACAGAGGUGCGGCAGGUGCUUUACUAGUGUAUGAUAUUACAAGGAGAGAUACAUUCAACCACUUGACAACCUGGUUAGAAGAUGCCCGCCAGCAUUCCAAUUCCAACAUGGUCAUUAUGCUCAUUGGAAAUAAAAGUGAUUUAGAAUCUAGAAGAGAAGUAAAAAAAGAGGAAGGUGAAGCGUUCGCUCGAGAACAUGGACUUAUCUUCAUGGAAACUUCUGCUAAGACUGCUUCCAAUGUAGAAGAAGCAUUUAUUAAUACAGCAAAAGAAAUAUAUGAAAAAAUCCAAGAAGGAGUCUUUGACAUUAAUAAUGAGGCAAAUGGGAUUAAAAUUGGCCCUCAGCAUGCUGCUACUAACGCAACACAUGCAGGUAGUCAGGGAGGACAGCAGGCAGGGGGAGGCUGCUGUUGAGUCUGUGUUUGCUGUCUCGCUGCCCACAUGGGGCCCCUCACUUGUUCUUUCACCCUCUCUCCUCCUGCUCAGCUGAGACAUGAAACUAUUCGAAAUGUCACAGAAGACUUUAAUCCUUCAAAUUCUUGUAUAACUUUGAAUAAAUGGUUAAUGUUCACUAAAAAAAGACAGAUUUUGGAGAUCAUAUUCAUAUCUAUUUACAUUUGAUUUCUGGGUCAGUUGAUGUGAUUAUUUUUGUUAAAUGUUGUCUUGUGCCCUUGACUACGAACUCGAUUGUAUUAAACACUACAGAGUCAUCUUGGGUAUUUUAAAUUGGUUUGUGUAGUUAGGUUUCCCAACACCUGUGGUUACCUAAUGUUUAAUAUUAUAGAACUGUCCUCAAAAAGUUUGUCAAUUUUCAAGGCUAUAAGGAAAAACAGAAGGACUCUUAAUUCUGUAUCAUUUACUUUCUGUAUAUAUAGUUUAAUAACCCGCUUGGGUGUAAUUUGCCAAGCUUGAAUUCUUUCAUGCGUUUGCAUAAAUUCUAUGCUGUUUAGAGCUUAAAGCUAUGGAAGCAUUGUUAGGAAUUGCUUGGACGCUGAAUUUUAAACUUUUCAACAUUGUUAACAAGCAUGUUCUUCUUUUCCUGUCACUAGUCCAAGAAAAAUAUGCUUAAUAUAUAUUACUAAAGGCUAUAUAUGUGUUAACCUGUUUUAAUGCCAAAAGUUUGCUAUUUGUCCACAAUUUCCUUAAGACUGCUUGGAAAUGGAUUUGUUUGCCUUAAUGAAUACUGUUGGUUAAAAACACAGUAUAAUGAGUGAAAAAGGGAGGAAGCAAGGAAUCACUACAUCUAAGCAGCUCCAAGAAGAAUGGAUACCCACCUUUAGAUGGCACGUUAUGAGGACACUCAUCUUUCCUUAAACACAAUAAUCCUUUUCUUUCAUUCAGAUAAUUUCUAAGUGUAUUUUUCAUGCAGGAUAGUUUUUCAACCUUAAUGUACAGUGACUGUGUAAAAUUUUUAUUUCAGUGGCAACCUGUAAUCUUUAAAAUAUGGUAAGCAUCUUGUCUGUUUUGAAGGGGAUAUGACAAUAAAUCUACCAGAGGGAAAAUCCUGUUAAAACGUAGAAAAGCUUAGUAAUUUACUCAUUGUGGUGGUUUUAUCUUUGUUGGUUUUUUUGUUUUUUCUUUUUUCUCCCUUGACCUAUAAUGAAAUUGUUAUAGCAGUGCAAAAUAAAACCCUAUGUAUAAAAGUGUUCUUUUUAUUAUUAAUAUUAUUAUUACCACAUCUUUCUCAAAAUACAUUUUUAGUCCAUUCACAGCUUUUACUAUAAUUAAGCAUGUCAGAAAGGGUCAGAAUGCCUUAUACCCUUUUCAAGAGAUUAGUGAAAUGUGAUAAAACUCUUUACAUUACUUGUAUUGAAAUUCUUUUUGUUAAUGAUGAUGUAAGCAAGUGUUUACUUCUAAACUAGCACAAAAGAACAUUUGAACUCUGAGGAGGCAUGCAGAAGUUCUAAGUGUGAAACUACUUACUCUCAGUUCGCUUACUGACUCCAGCUUUACAAGUCUGCCCUGAAAAUUCCCCAGUACUUUGUCAAAGCUUUAACAUUGCUUUUGUGAGAAAUGACCUAAUACUAUCAUAGUUGUUUUUAACCAGCUCCUGGAAGGCAGAGGAAAAAGCAAAAGGAAAUCUAGUUUCAUGAACACUUUCAUUAUAAACUGUUUUUCCUUAAAGUGGUUAUACCGAAUUCACUGAUCGUACCAAUUAUUCUUUACUGAUAAGUAGAAAAGAUUAAGACAACUA